UUGGUCUGCGCACGCCUGACUCAGGGCCGCUCUCGUGCGCAUGCUCACGAAGGCCCAUGGCGGCGGCGUCGGGGAGGGGGGCAGAGCGCGCAGGUCACGUGUCCUGGUCGUCGGCGCGCGCACCGCUUGCCCCGGAAGCGGUCGGCGCGCGGCGCGGCUAGGCGCUAAGAUGGCGGCGGCGUGAGUUGCAUGUUGUGUGAGGAUCCCGGGGCCGCCGCGUCGCUCGGGUCCUACCAUGGCCGUCACCAUCACGCUCAAAACGCUGCAGCAGCAGACCUUCAAGAUCCGCAUGGAGCCUGAUGAGACGGUGAAGGUGCUAAAAGAGAAGAUAGAAGCUGAGAAGGGUCGUGAUGCCUUCCCCGUGGCUGGACAGAAACUCAUCUAUGCUGGCAAGAUCCUGAGUGACGAUGUCCCCAUCAGGGACUAUCGAAUUGAUGAGAAGAACUUUGUGGUCGUCAUGGUGACCAAGGCCAAAACUAGCCCAGGCACCUCAGUACCCCCAGAGGCCUCACCCACUGCUGCCCCGGAGUCUUCCACAUCCUUCCCAUCAGCCCCUGCCUCAGGCAUGUCCCACCCCCCAUCUCCUGCCAGAGAGGACAAGAGCCCAUCGGAGGAAUCGGUCCCCACGACAUCUCCGGAGUCCGUGUCAGGCUCUGUUCCCUCUUCAGGUAGCAGCGGGCGAGAGGAAGACGCGGCCUCCACGCUAGUGACUGGCUCUGAGUAUGAGACGAUGCUGACAGAGAUCACGUCCAUGGGCUAUGAGCGGGAGCGGGUCGUGGCUGCCCUGAGAGCCAGCUACAAUAACCCCCACCGAGCCGUGGAGUAUCUGCUCACGGGAAUUCCUGGGAGCCCCGAGCCGGAACAUGGUUCUGUCCAGGAGAGCCAAGUAUCGGAGCAGCCGCCUACGGAAGCGGGAGAGAACCCCCUGGAAUUCCUGCGGGACCAGCCCCAGUUCCAGAACAUGCGGCAGGUGAUUCAGCAGAAUCCGGCACUGCUGCCCGCCCUGCUCCAGCAGCUGGGCCAGGAGAACCCCCAGCUUUUACAGCAAAUCAGCCGGCACCAGGAGCAGUUUAUCCAGAUGUUGAAUGAGCCCCCUGGGGAGCUGGCGGACAUCUCUGACGUGGAGGGCGAGGUGGGUGCAAUAGGUGAGGAGGCUCCACAAAUGAACUACAUCCAGGUGACGCCGCAGGAAAAAGAAGCUAUAGAGAGGUUGAAGGCCCUGGGCUUCCCAGAGAGCCUGGUGAUCCAGGCGUACUUCGCUUGUGAAAAAAACGAGAACUUGGCUGCCAACUUCCUCCUGAGUCAGAACUUUGAUGACGAGUGAUGCUGGGAGGCUAGGUUGCCCACCACCCCUCCCCCCUACCCCCCAACUCCACAAAAGUUUUAUAAAAGAAAAAAUAUAUAUAUAUAUAUUCAUGUUUAUUUAAGAAGUGGGAAAAAAAUCAAAAAUCUAAAAAAACAAAAAACAACAAAAAAAAAACAAACCAAAAACCUUUCCCAACUUCCCACCCUCCUAAAGUGGCCCCCAUUCCCAUCUUGGCCUGAGAAGACCUGGGCUAGACAGCUGUCCCCCCGUCCCCCGCCCAGCCUAGCCUGCUCUAAGGAGCUGGCAGGACUGGAGUUGACAGAUGGACCCCUCUUGGCCUCUGUCCCAGCUCCCUGCAGCCAGAUGGAGAGGCGGCUGCUUGCUUCUCCAUCCCCCAAAGAGCCCCUGAGACCUCCCCCGCCCUCUUCCAGGGUGAGGGGAAGCUGGAGCUCCAAACUUUGAUCCUCCAUUGGAGUGGCCCAAAUCUUUUCCAUCUGGGGUGAGCACCCAAGAACCCCUUCCCUGCUUUGGCCUUGGCCUCCAUUCUGCAUCCCUUUGCUGGGGAUGCUGGGGAGGAGGAGGAGGAGAUCCGGUUUAUCCUGCCUGGGGAAGGGAAAACAUCAGAGUUGCUCUGGAGGUCAAGGCCACCCCCACCCCCUACCCCAGAACAGAACCGUGUCUCUGAUAAAGGUUUUGAAGUGAAUAAAGUUUUAAAAGCUA